GAGCACGGGGAAUAAUUUAGGCUUUUCCUCUCUAUGUCCGUCUGUGUUUGUGAACACAAACCAGCCGCUGCUGAGGGUUUUUUGUUUGUUUUUUGCGGAGCCGGACUUCGGACUGUGACCGCGGCAGCGCGCUUCAUUUACGGGCUGGCAGGAGUCCACCUACGGCGGCUGCAAACGGGACAAGUUGACGAGAAUUCCUCUCAUAAAUCUCCCCCCCCCCCCCCCCCCCCCUUCUCUAAUAACGACGCGGAUUUAGGAAAUUAGUGCUUUUUUGUGGAGGUUUGGAAUUAAUUUUUUUUCUUCUCCCCUCCUUUGUAUUUGUGGAUCCUCGGCUCGGAUGCUGCGCUCUGUCAGGCCGACCGGACCGGUUCUAAGUUAUCCGGCUCGUGUUUCUUGCACUGGACAUCAUGCAGUUUUUUAGAUCUGAUGGUUCCGAAUUGAGCGCAGCCGAUUGAGUCUUAAUUUUUUGGGGGGUGGGGGGUGGUGGGGGUGGGGGGGACGCACAAAUUCUCCAGCACAGGAAAAAAAAAAAGAGAAGAUGCCAAAUGUUCGAAUCCCUCCCUGUUUGGAUUUGUCAUUUAAAAUUUAAUGCAGUUUUCUCUCCACCGGACUGGUGGCGAGCUGAAAAAACUUUUUGUUUUUUUUUCUGUAUUUUUAUUAUUCUGAUUUUAAGUAUUAAUCUCCUGCUUUCGCCCUGCUUCAUAUGAUGUAUGAGAGUGUGGAUGUUGUGGGACUGAAUCCCAGCCCGAACCCGUUUUUAAUGAUGGAUUACUACAACCAGAGCAGAGGAUGUUUGAUCCCAGAGAAAGGACUGGUUCCCGGAGCGCCCCAUCCAUACACCACCUCCAUCAGGAACCAGCACUGGAACGGAUCCAACCAUUCAAUAGAGACCCAGAGUACCAGCUCGGAGGAGAUAGUGCCAAGCCCACCUUCGCCUCCACCGCCUCCCCGCGUCUACAAGCCCUGCUUUGUGUGCCAGGACAAGUCCUCAGGGUACCACUAUGGUGUCAGCGCCUGCGAAGGCUGCAAGGGCUUCUUUAGGAGAAGCAUCCAGAAGAACAUGGUGUACACUUGUCACCCGCGAGAAGAACUGCAUCAUCAACAAAGUCACCCGCAAUCGCUGCCAAUACUGUCGGUUGCAGAGGUGCCUGGAAGUGGGGAUGUCCAGGAGUCGGUGAGGAACGACCGAAAUAAAAAGAAGAAGGACGAGAAGAAGCAGGAGUGCACGGAGAGCUACGUGCUGAGUCCCGACACGGAGCAGAUGAUCGAUAGGGUUCGAAAGGCGCACCAGGACACUUUUCCCUCGCUCUGCCAGCUGGGCAAAUACACUACGACUAACAGCUCAGAACGACGCGUUUCCCUGGAUGUGGACCUGUGGGACAAGUUCAGCGAACUCUCCACAAAGUGCAUCAUAAAGACGGUAGAGUUUGCGAAGCAGCUACCUGGCUUUACUACGCUGAGCAUCGCUGACCAGAUCACUCUGCUCAAAGCUGCCUGUUUGGACAUCCUGAUACUGCGGAUUUGUACACGCUACACACCUGAGCAAGACACGAUGACCUUCUCGGAUGGUCUGACCCUAAACCGAACUCAGAUGCACAACGCCGGCUUUGGUCCUCUUACUGACCUGGUGUUUGCCUUCGCAAACCAGCUCCUCCCGCUAGAGAUGGAUGACGCAGAAACGGGACUGCUCAGCGCCAUCUGUUUGCUGUGCGGCGAUCGACAGGACUUAGAGGAGGCGGACAAAGUGGACAUCCUGCAGGAGCCCCUUCUGGAGGCACUGAAGAUCUACGUGAGGAAGAGGAGGCCUCACAAACCUCACAUGUUCCCUAAAAUGCUGAUGAAGAUAACUGACCUCAGAAGCAUCAGCGCUAAAGGAGCGGAGCGAGUCAUCACCCUAAAGAUGGAGAUUCCUGGCUCCAUGCCCCCCCUCAUUCAGGAGAUGCUGGAGAACUCAGAAGGUUUGGAGAGUGGAGCUGCAGGGAGCCGGGCGAGCGGCGCCCCGCCAGGCAGCUGCAGUCCCAGUUUGUCCCCCAGCUCCGCCCAAAGCAGUCCAGCCACACAGUCGCCGUAGAGACCUACGCUGUUUUCACCCAUGUGUUGCUCUCUCGCCCCCAACCCCCACCCCCAAAGCUCUAAAGAGGAAGCGCGAAGGAGAGACUGGCAGCGCUAACCUCCUCCUCUCCUCCCAUACAAAUCCCCACCUCCUAUUCUGCUUUCCCUCACUGUGGUGCACAGUCCCAUUGUGAGGGGAGCUCGGAGCAGGACGGGAGGGUAAGUGGAUGCCUCUGAGACCGUGCCAUAAACACUGCUGAUAACUCCUCCUCUUUCCUCAUCCACUCACCCUCCACCGCCGCUCCUCCCAUCGCCACCUUUCCUCAAAUGACUGACAAAAACAAAUCCGGACGGAGACCUUGUCAGUGCCGCAGUAGAAACCAGUUUCAACUGGAUCCUAGACAGUGCCAGACAUUGCGGGAGAAAGGACGACGCGUGCAGACGCAACAGACGCUUUUUGUUGUUGAUGAUGUUGUUGUUGUUGUUGUUGUUGUUGUUGGUAUUCUGAGGCAGACAGCAAAUUCGGGACUUGUCCGAAGACUCCCACUCCUCAGAGACUUUGUGGGUUUUCUCCUUUUCCAACUUAAAAAGAAACAGAUUUCAUACAAAAGAUAUAUAAAUAUAUAUAGAAAAGUUAAGCUAUUGUGAUGACAUGACAGAAUGGCAGGUGGAAACCAGGAACGUGUUCUCUGAGAUUAGAAAUCGUUGUACUCAUUCACUGUUUGAAUCUUUUCAUACCCAUCAAGAGUAUUGAGAUGUUUGUUUGUUUGUUUGUUUUUUAUCACAUUCGUACAUUAUUCCGAUUAACAGAAUUUUUCUCUCUCGUCUACAUGCGCGUAGACAAACACACACGCGCACACGCACUCACCUGCUAUUCCAGGUUGGAUUUUCUUUUUGUUUGCUUCAAAGUGGGCAUGGCGGCGGGGGGGGGGGGGGACUUGUUUUUGAUUGUAUGAACGUUCUUGUAUGAUAUGGUCACAGGUCCUUUUAAGAAAUCAAAUCAAUGAAGAUUCAUUAUUAAGGUGUAUUUUAAGUAGCCUUUCAGUUUGUGUAUAUAAGCUGUAUUCAUUUCUUUAAAACUAUGAAGAGUUUUAGGCUUCACCUGAUAUUUUUUUUGUUUGUUUUUUUAAGAAUAACUUUUAUGAGUUUUGCUUAUAGAAUUGUGAUUCAAACGUACAGUGUGAGCACAUUUUAUUGAAGGAUAUUCUACCAUGUUUUGUAUCCUGAAUAUCGGACAAGACCCCAUAACCAGCCAGAAUACGCGGCUUUCACUGACAGCGUGGGUUCCCCCUUAACUUUUCCACCCCCCCACCCUCCAAAAAAGUAGCACUCCACUUGGGGCAUAGCUUUUUUUUUUUUUUCUUGUCACGUAGCAGAAAGAUGUGUCUGGGAGCGAUCCGGUGUACAGAUCUGCAACUUGUCUGCCUCAACAAGAGCUCAAAUGUGAAGAACGGUGUUGUGAGCAGUUGUUGGGAGUUGUAGCUGAGAACUUGGAACUUGGGGAAGGUUCCUGAUGUGACAAAUGGCCCCCCUUUGGUAACCUGUGGUAGAAAUGAAUGUGACUUUUUUUUUGCUGGAUCCAGAGCAACCUCGCACCCUGUGACUCACUUUACGCCAAAAACGCCUUCAGCAUUAACACACGUCAACUCAGUCAUUACUGUACACAAACGCCAAUGUCUCAGGAAGGAAUCAUUUUGUGCGCUUGGCCUGUUCUUUGAAUGUUCUGUGCUCUCCUCCUCCGUGACGAAAACCUCCAAUCACUGAUGCACACGUACACUUCUGCUACUGAGCCCCCCAAAUUUAUUUGCCCUCACAUAUUUUUGUUCAGCCUGGCAGAACAGAGCUUGUGCAAAGAGACGCUGAACCGCAGCGUGACGACAUGACAUAGGAUGCCAGUGUGGAGUCUCUCUCUGUUUUUUUUUUUUUCUUCUUCUUUUUGUACGGUUAAAGCUGCUUUUAUCAUGUAGGACUUUAACGUGUCCAGACCAGCGCACAACUUUUCCCUUCACAGCUAAUCUGGAAUAGCGACAGACACACAGUCAGUUUGAGAAGUAUGGAA